AUGGAGGCGAACAGUCCACACGGCCUGCCUGGCCAGGUCAGUUCCCGAGCUCCCUUGCCCCCCUCAAGCGAUCCUCGCCUCAAACGAUCUCGCCCAUCAGUCGCGACAUCAUCUUUCACUCGUCAUUCGCAACAUUCACUACCCUCCUCUCCGACCACCGCUCUACUACCUACUCAUGAGCAAGCACAGCAUUCCCUGUUAAGAGAAGCCUCCGAUUUGACGCCUCGCACACAUUCCGACCCUGUGCAGAAUAUCGAUGGAUCGGACUUGAACGGAUUGUUACUUGAGGUUAUGGAUGCCCGAGCUUCAAGGAUGAUCCAGAUACAAGAAAGAACAAAACUUGAAAUAGAGGAGUCUUCCUAUCAACGUGACCUGGCAAAGGCAAAACGGACAAAGUCUUUCCCAGCGACCAUUGAAAGCUUGGAGGCCGACGCAGCUGCCUGUAAAAAUAGGCUGUCCAAGAUCAACCAUCUGAUCACCCGACAACAAGCUCGCUCAACUGAACUUACUGGUGAUCUCGCCAAAUUGCUUCGGCAGACCACAAAUUUGCACAUUCCUUCAGUGGCCGCUCCUAUACCGGCUGCCUCUGGCACUGGUCGGGACAUGAUUAGAUUGGAAGAUGACGUGAGGAAGAUCAAACGAACAAUUCUCAUUAAGAAAGAGGAGGACCUCCCUGACAAGCCCAUCGACAUCUUUAAAGUCUGUAACACUGUUGAGUCGCAAGCAAAAGCGCACACGACCUUUCGGAAAAGCAUCAAUGCCAUCGAGGAAUGGAGAUCUGUUGCAGAGCAUGAACCAAAGACACAGCAAACGCAGGAACAAACUUCAUCAAGACUGGAAAUAGAGCAGCUUACGGAGCAGGCACGCAAGACCACCGAAAACCUCUCAACUUUGAAGAACCAUGUGCAAGAUAUUCACCAGAUGGUUCAAAGAAAUAAAAGCAGUGUCCAUACACUGGUAGCCGAUCAAAAGAGCAUGGAAACUGCAUCAAGCACACAGAGAGAAGAACUGGAAUCCAAAAUUGCAACACUGGGGCAAAAUCUUUACCGGGAACAAGGGCAAACCAUAUCUGGUGUCAUUUCCGAUUUCACCAAAAAAUUCGAUCAUAUUUCCCAGAGAAUCGAUGCUCUCAAGAACUCUGAACAAGAGCGUGGUCUGUCUUCUGAACCGUCUGCUGGCCUAAGAGAAAAGGUAUCGGAUCAUGAUCAAAGGCUCAUCAAGAUGAAAGAGGGUUGGGACGAUCUUCUACGUCGAAUCCCAGCUCUAUACGAGGCCUCCGAGGAGGUUAAAAAGUGCAGCAAGAGCUAUGAGGGACUUGCUACAGCUAUUCGAUCAUUGGAACUUCGGUACAACAAUAUCAAUACCGAGGCCAUGGUCACGAAAAUGGCCCAUGUCAUACAAGAGAUGUAUCCAUCAGCCCGCCAGUUGAAUGAAGAAGUUGUUGCACUCAGAAAUUCUGUCAACCAGGAGCUAUCAGGAAUCAAGCCAAGUGCAAAGAUUGCACAGCUUCAAGACCAACUUGACAAACUUGACAAAGAAAUCGUUUCCCAGAAAACCAUCUGCCUCCACAAUACAGGGAUGUUCGGCGAGAUGAAAGGAGCCUCAGAUGCCAAGUCAAAUGAAUUGGAAGUGCAGCUUCAAGCCCUGAAAACCCAACUUGGAGCUACGGUGAAGUUGGUGGAUGGGCUACGACUACAGCCACCAAUGGAAAUGCCUCCCCAAUCUUCUUCGGCAGAUGUUAUCAGUGCCACAGAAGUCCAGGAAAUCCGCGACCAAAUAAGAGCAAUGCAUGAAACAGCAAAGAGUGAAAUGGUGGAUUUACUGGCCAACGUGAAUUCUAUGCUUUCAUCCCAGUCGACGGGCCUCGCCAAUGUCCAGGAACUAAGUGGUACCAACAAAGCCUCCUGCGGUUCCAAAGGGGUUGAAUUGACAGCAAGUAACAAACGCCCAAGAGAAGGAUGCUCUGAUGAUGACAGCCCAUCAGCAGCAGCCACCACAACCCAUAGUGAGUCCCCUGCACCAUCUUCGAAUCCUGAUAGAAGGAUAGACGGCAAAUCACAAAAGAAGAAGAAAAAGAAAAAGAUCAGACAAAGCAAUUUGGGAGCUCCACAGUCUUGA